CAUUCAAUUGUCCUUUAUCCCAAUUUUUUUUUUUUAACUUGUCAUUUCCCCCAUGUCUGAAAUCAAUCUAUCCAAGAUCAAGCAUAUUGUGCUCAUUCUUUCCGGUAAAGGAGGGGUCGGUAAAUCGUCGGUGACAACCCAACUGGCUCUGAGUCUGGUCGACCGAGGAUUCAAAGUAGGUGUACUGGACAUUGAUCUGACCGGUCCCAGUAUCCCGCGUAUGCUGGGCUUGGACGGCAAACAGGUGCAUCAGUCAUCCCAAGGUUGGGUGCCCGUGUAUGCCGAUGAGAAACAGCGAUUGUCGUGCAUGUCCAUUGGAUUUCUUCUUGCCAGUAAAAACGACUCGGUAGUGUGGCGUGGUCCAAAAAAGAAUGCAAUGAUCAAGCAGUUUUUGCAAGAUGUUUACUGGGGAGAACUUGACUAUCUACUGAUCGAUACUCCUCCUGGCACAUCCGAUGAACAUAUUGGCAUUGUGGAGUAUCUCAAGGGAGUGGAUCCGGAAGGCGCGGUGCUUGUGACGACCCCUCAAAAUGUCGCUAUUGCUGAUGUCCGUAAAGAAAUCUCUUUUUGUCGCAAAGUGAAGCUACCUAUUCUAGGUGUGGUGGAAAAUAUGAGCGGUUUUGUCUGCCCUCAUUGUACGGAAUGUACGAAUAUCUUUUCUACUGGUGGUGGAGAAUCCAUGGCCAAUGAGUUUGAGAUUGCUUUUCUCGGUCGAAUUCCUAUUGAUCCCGGGUUCACCAGCAUGGUCGAAACCGAAGGAGAAGGUUCCUACGUCAAUUCUUUUGAAAAGUCCAAUCUAUUCCCGGUAUUUCAACCCAUUUGCGACAAAGUCAUUGAAAAAACCACCCAUACCACUGCAUAAAAAACAAGUAUCCGCACGCAUAGAUCCUUCUGAACUGUUUUAAAAAUAACGUUUAUUGUACAUAGAUAGCUUUUUUUUUGAAAAGGAAAUAAAUUAUAUUAAUCG